GUCCUUCCAUUUGCCGCGGCCAUUGUUGCCCAAAGGGGCCCCUUGCAGCCACCGUGGCGUUGUGACCGGAAAAUGGCCGUCGUGUUGGCCUUGCUAUGAGUUUGCCGGCAGUCGGCAUCACAUUUCGAUUGAGGAUAGGCGACCCAAUGAGCCGAUUGCGCAGUUUCUGGUGCGCGAAGCUCUUGGGUUCGAGGAGUUUCAAGAGGCCUUGCUGCAAUUGAAGGAGGAACGUGAUGGUUUGGACCCAUCACAACGACAAUUCGAUCUUCCUGAGAUCACUGGCCUAAGUGCAGGCAGUUCUGGAGCCCCAGCACAGGACCAUGAGCCUUGGUGGAAUGGUCGUUGGGGUGAAUGGCGUGGUGUGAUUCACGGAGAUGAUGAAGAUGAUGAUGAACCCGUGCAGGGUGAUGCAGGUCCUUCUCAGCGGCCUGAUGGAUAUGCCGAAGUGCCUCAAACAUCUGACCCUGGUUCUCCAGUGAUUGGCCCUUCUGAACAAGCAAGACGACAGAACAUGGAUGGCUCACCAACUCAGAGCCCUAGUCGAAAAGUUGCCACUCACCGGAAACCACAUGGUGCUGAGGAUGUUUUGAGCCCCAUGGACAGUUUUAUUUUGGAUGUGAUGCGAGGAGUUGGAAAACAUUUAUCCCAAGCUGAACUUGAUGCGUAUUUGUUGAAGGGCAAAGGCAAGGGCAAAUUCAAGGGUCUUCAUGCAGUAAGUUGGGACGAUGGUUGGUAUGGGGAUAGCUAUGAAAACUAUGGCAUGUUCAAGGGCAAGGGCAAAUAUGGUAAGAACGUCAAGGGCAAGUACAAACCCUCCUUGAACACCUAUGUCAUGGACUAUGACUACCAUUCUGCCUACUGUUUGGAGCUUUUCCCAUUAGAGUUGCUUUCAACAUCACAACCUUCCACUACGGGUCCUCAACGUUCAGUUCCCCUUGGGUUUGGUAUGUUGGAUUGUGGUGCAACUGCUUCAGCGGGACCAGAGUCAUCCGCAAAGCUGCUGAUUUCCAAGUUGCGUGAAAUCGAUCCUCAAAUUGGUGUUCAUUUGGAUGAUUCUCGAAGACCUUAUUUUAGGUAUGGUUCUGGCCAAUGGGGACAAUCACUAUACCAUCUGACCUUGGUUUCAGCGAAAAAUCCUGCAAGAACUUUUGAGAUGUAUACCUUGCCUGACCCCGAUGGUUUUGUCUACGGUUGGUCUUCACCUUCACAACUGGUACCCAUUCUUGUUGGCAUGGAUCAUUUACAAAAGAUCGGUUUGGUUUUGGAUUUUUCUGAUGGAUUUGCACUACAUGGUGCUGAACCUGAAGCUGAACCCUAUUGCCUGCACAAGAACCCCAAGGGUCACUUCAUGAUUGACUUGGUGUACUACCUGUGUGGUGUGAUCUCCGAUGCCGAGGCCAUUGACACCUUUGCGGCAACCAUGGAUGGCGCUUCGCCUCAAUCUUCAGGACAGGGAUCCUGGCCGUGGUUGGAAUUGGGUCCAAUGGAGUUGAUGGCAGUUUCUCAUGCACAAGCUUCAGAUUCACAACAUGCAAGCAAGUCCGUGGCAGCUCCAAAGAGCCCUUCGUUGCCUCUCGAGCACGACCGAGCUCUACCAGCAGAUCCUCGAGAUCCUCGCAGCCAAUCAACAUGGCCUUGCAACGGCUCUCACGAGCACAAGACCAAUGGCGGCAACGCUUCGGGCACUUGGUCGGAUUGUGCAACAUGCGGCCUGAGGCUGAGCUAUAUUCCUCGACAAGGUACUCCAGCAAAGUACAUGACCCAGAAUGCCCCGGAGGUCAUCACCAAUGCUCUGAAGAUGCUGAAGGAGCACUUGACCGAGGACCAAAAGCCCAAUGCCAGCAUGGUGAAGACUUGCAUCAGGCUGGUGGAAUCUUCGAUGGCGAUGGAAGCGCGCAAGGCCAAGCUGACCUUGAUGGAGGCCCACCACCAAAGCCUCAAAGCUCACCUCCAGCUGCUCCUUGCCGCGCCAGUGACCCAGCUAUGCGAGGAGGAUCAGAACGAGGCCCAGAGUCUGCUGUCAAUGCUGACCGGAGACGAAAUUGCCAGGCUGAGAGAGAUUGCUGCAGAACGAGUUCAAGUGUUUCCCAUGUCUCCGCCCGACUCCGAGGACGACCACGAGCCUGAGGAUGCGUCCUUAGCUGAGGACUUUGAGCUUUUGCACUUUGUCGAGUCGAAGAUGAUUGGACUUCGAGCUUCCCGCAUCAACCUUCACCAAGGCUAUGACUUGUACCAGCCUUCGACCUAUGAUGAGUAUGACCUUCGCUCUCAGCUUGGACUUUUGCUGCAGAAGCGAUGGACAAUUGCCACAAGCUCCAACAGCUUCUUCCAGACCUACCGCAACAAGACCUGCGUGGGCAACCAUGACCACGACUAUGUGCAGGGAUUGGAGACCAGCCGCAGUGCGUACUACCCUUGGAAGAUGUGCAAGUCCAUUGCACAACACUGGCGCCGAGAACUUUAUCCUGAAAAGUGGCUUCAUCGACUUCACUCUCCAUUACCUCUUCACCUCAACAUGGCUGAGCAAGAACACACCUUGCGGUUGGACUUGAUGCCGCAGAUGCUCCAAGAUGAACAACCUUCAGCACAAGAUCUUCGCACUUGGCAACUUCAACUUCUGAAGUACCACAAGGUCAUCCAUGUGGUGAGAGAGUAUGGCAUCAACCAACAACAAACUGAAUCAGCCCAAGAAGUACUGGAUGGACUUUAUCAGUGCUGGCUGAAAGACAAACCCAAAAUGAAGAUCUUGGUGCCUGACAAUGCCCUCACUAUGAGAGGUGACCUGAUGCGCUCAUUUCUUUCUGACGUGGGCAUCCAACUGGAAGUGCCACCCGUGAAGGAGAGUUGGAGUCAUGGCAUUAUGGAGCGAUGUGUCCAAGAGAUCAAAACGGUUGCCUCCAAACUGACCUUGUCUCAUCCUGAGAUGUCUGUUCAGAAUGUGUUGGCCCUGACCACAAUGGCUUUGAACUCAACUGAAACGGUGCAUCCUGCUCAAUGGCAGAGCUUAGCUGAUAUGAUCCCAAACCGUUCCUACAUCGAUGUCACCAACGAGGAGCCUGACGAGAACGAGGAAGAGGGUCCACAUCUUCCCCUUCAACCUGAUGCUGACACCAUGAAAAUGCCUGAGUAUGUGCCCAAAACGCGACACACCACGAAGUCUGGACUCAAGUGGCAUCAAGUUUUACUACCACCUGCUGAGCCCAUGCCUUCCAUUUUGGAAGAAUUGCCACCAGUGCCACCUGACACUGCACUGGAUGAAAACGAUGUGGUUCCAUCACCUUCUACUCCAGCUGAUGAUCCUUUGAAUGACUAUGGCGAUCCCACAUACGUUCCUGAUAGCGAUGAAGAUGUUGGCAACACUGGCAUAGGCAGUGGCCGUGGUGAUAGUGAUGCUCCUGAUGAUGGCCUUUCUCAACAACAACCUCUUCUACAAUCCCGAGCUUCUUCUGACAAAUCACCUCCUUCAAAUGAGCCUGAAUCCAAAAGACAGCGUGUUGAAGAUGAAGAACAAGCACUCUACAACUGUUUUAUGGAAGUGGAGGAGUGCUACAUGCUUUCUGUAGAGUUGGAUGUGACCUCUCAACGCCAAAAACAACAGUUUGUCAAACAUCCAAGCCUCUUUUUGGCACAAAAGAUGCGAGAUUGCGAAGUCAGGUUGACCCGACUGAAACCUGAACAUCGCGAACUUUUCGACCGUGCCAAGACCAAGGUCCUUCCAUUUGCCGCGGCCAUUGUUGCCCAAAGGGGCCCCUUGCAGCCACUGUGGCGUUGUGACCGGAAAAUGGCCGUCGUGUUGGCCUUGCUAUGA